UUUCUCUUACUUUCUCUCUCUUCAAAUUACUCUCCCUCGUUUCCUUCUACUUUUUCUCUCUCUCAAAUAUCGCCGUCAAAUUCGGGAGAAUUUUAUUUUCUUUCGAAACGAAUUUCAAUUUAUACCAAUCUUAAAUAUAAAUAUAAUCAUUCAAUUGACUUCAUCAUCUAAACCCUAAAAUAUCAUAUCAUCGUAAUUUUUGUUAUUGUUAGUAAUAAUUGUGGAGAAUUAUUAUUAUUACAUCGAAAACUCUGAAAAUUUCAGCUUCUUCUAAAUUUGGAAUCUUUUUAUCUUCUUCAAUUUUUACUAUAUCAAUCCUAUCUUUUUCUCUCUCCUCCUUAAAUUAGCACCGACAAUUCAGAUCACUUGAUAUUUCUCUCACUUUUUCUGUGAUCUUGAUAUCACCUUUUUUUUUGAGGUUAAAGAAAAAUUCGGAAAAGGAGGAUCGUCGAUUUUAAGGGGCUCCGGUGAUGCUUAAUUGACCGUUAUAAUUUUAAACGGAAAAUUGGAGAAAUGUCGGGACCUCUUGAUCGAUUUGCUCGACCUUGUUUUGAGGGAUUCUCCGGACACGAUGAGAGAAGGGAAAGAAAAUCUGAUUUCGAGAACUCGGAGGAUGAGAGGAGGUCAAGGAACUGGUCUUUGAAGAAGAAGGCAAUGAAUGCUUCGUCCAAAUUAAAACAUUCUCUUAAGAAAAAGAGUAGCGGCAGAAGGAAAAGUGAUGGGCGUGUCAGCUCAGUUUCAAUAGAGGAUAUACGAGAUGUAGAAGAGUUGCAGGCUGUUGACGCAUUUCGACAAGCAUUGUUAUUGGAUGAACUUUUACCCAAUAAGCAUGAUGAUUAUCAUAUGAUGUUGAGGUUCCUUAAAGCUAGAAAAUUUGAUAUUGAAAAGGCAAAAUGCAUGUGGGCUGAUAUGGUCAAGUGGAGAAAGGAAUUUGGUGUUGAUGCUCUUGUGCAGGAAUUUGAGUUUAAAGAGAUAGAUGAAGUCUUGAAGUAUUAUCCCCAUGGUUAUCAUGGUGUGGACAAACAGGGUAGACCUGUUUACAUCGAACGACUAGGAAAAGUUGAUCCAAACAAGCUCAUGCAAGUAACUACGAUGGAUCGCUAUAUAAAAUAUCAUGUUCGAGAAUUUGAGAAAGCCUUUGCAAUUAAGUUCCCAGCUUGCACCAUUGCUGCAAAGCGGCACAUAGAUUCAAGCACUACAAUCUUAGAUGUUCAGGGUGUGGGUCUGAAAAACUUUACCAAGUCUGCUAGGGAACUUAUAACACGACUGCAGAAGAUUGAUGGUGACAAUUAUCCUGAGACCCUGUACCAGAUGUUCAUUGUUAAUGCUGGUCCGGGAUUUAGGCUACUGUGGAACACUAUUAAGUCUUUUCUGGAUCCAAAAACCACCUCAAAGAUUCAUGUUCUUGGUACCAAGUUCCAGAGCAAAUUACUUGAAGUAGUCGAUGCCAGUGAGUUGCCAGAAUUCCUUGGAGGGACUUGCACUUGUGCGGAGCAAGGAGGAUGUAUGCUGGCUGAUAAGGGACCUUGGAAGAAUCCUGAAAUUUUAAAGAUGGUUCUUAAUGGUGAGCCGCGGCGUGCAAGACAAGUUGUUAAGGUCUUGAGCAGUGAUGGAAAGGUUCUUGCUUAUGCUAAGCCCCAAUUUCCAAUGCUGAAAGGGAGUGAUACAUCUACUGCUGAGUCGGGAUCUGAAGCGGAAGAUAUUGCGUCACCUAAGGCGGCAAUGAAUUACUCACAUUUGAGAUUGACUCCUGUUCGUGAAGAGGUCAAGGCAAUUGGAAAGACAGGCUUUGCUGGCAGCUAUUCGGGUUAUGACGAGUAUGUACCCAUGGUGGAUAAACCCGUUGAUGCUGGUUGGAAGAAGCAAUCAUCAAUUCAAAGAUCUUAUUCUUCUAAAGGGAUAUUUCCGCAGCCGGAUACGAAGAAGACUCCAGAAGGAAUCCGAGACCGUGUGCUGAUGAUGCUUAUGGCCUUUUUCAUGGCCCUGCUCACAAUUUUCCGGUCAUUGGCAGGCCGUGUGACUAAGAAACUAACCUAUGCAUCGAGUAAUGAGCUUAAUGUGACUGACGUCACCUUAGAUCCAGUUCCCCAGGAAUCUCGCCCCCCUUCUCCACUUCCGGCAUUCGCUGAAGCCGACUUCAUGCCCAAUGUAUUGAAGAGGCUGACUGUCCUUGAGGAGAAGGUAGAUACACUUCAAUCAAAGCCUUCUGAAAUGCCAUAUGAGAAAGAGGAAUUGCUGAAUGCCGCUGUAUGUCGUGUGGACGCAUUGGAGGCAGAAUUAAUUGCUACCAAGAAGGCUCUACAUGAAGCUUUGAUGAGGCAAGAGGAACUUCUUGCUUAUAUUGAUCGUCAAGAGGAAGCCAAGUUUCGGAAAAAGAACAAGUUUUGCUGGUGAGCGGAUCGAUAAUGAGAGCUGAGGCAUUUUCUUAACAAUAUCUUCUCCAUAAGCGAAAUAUAUGUGAAUCUAUAUCAACUUUAUGUUCCACAAAAAUAGCUACUGCUAUGAUGUAAAGAGAUGCAGAGAAUCUGUGUAUGUUGAGUAAAAUACCCCCCAGUUCCUAUUUAAGGGGAGGGUGGAAGUGAAAUUACAUAAUGUUUCUGGAAACCUGUGUGACUUCUGGUGUUCUUCGUCUAAUACAUUUAUUUAUCGAA